CCCUUAAUCAAACCCAAAUGAUCAUUAAAAAAAAAAAAACAAAACCAAGCAAUUCCAUUGUUCUGUCGUCCAACGGCUCAAAACAUUGAUCAAGAAAAAUUGUUAGCAGCAGGAUUAUAAAAAUUGAAUCUUUAUUUGGUGGGUGUUUCAAUGGGUGUCGGUGGGAAUUUCUGGGAAUUACUAAAACCAUAUAGAAGAAGUGAAGGAUUUGAUUACAUAAGAAACAAAAGAGUGGCAAUUGAUUUAUCAUAUUGGAUUGUUCAACAUGAAACCGCCAUUAAAGCCCAUACUUUAAACCCUCAUCUCAGACUCACUUUUUUCCGUACUAUUAAUCUCUUUUCCAAGUUUGGUGCUUUUCCGGUGUUUGUUACGGAUGGAACCCCAUCACCCUUGAAGUCUCAAGCAAGGAUAAUGCGGUUUUUUCAAGCGUCUGGCAUUGAUGUGUCAAGCUUACCCGUGUCAAAUGGUAUUUCUGUUGAGAGAAAUAAAAAGUUUUCCAAAUGCGUUCAAGAAUGUGAGGAAUUGCUUAAACUAUUUGGAAUGCCUGUUUUGAAAGCAAGUGGAGAGGCAGAAGGACUUUGUGCACAGUUAAACAGGGAAGGUCGUGUAGAUGUAUGUAUCACCUCUGAUAGUGAUGCGUUCCUCUUUGGUGCUCGAUGUAUAAUUAAGCGCAUCAAUCCCAACUCCCAGGAACCAUUCGAGUGCUAUCAAAUGUCAGAUGUCGAAGCUGGAUUAGGACUAAAAAGAAAACACUUGAUAGCAAUUGCUCUUUUGGUAGGAAAUGACCAUGAUCUAAAAGGUGUCCAAGGAAUUGGGCUUGAGACAGCACUCUCUUUCGUGAAAUCUUUUAGUGAAGAUGAGGUUUUAGAUAGGUUAUGUGAUUUAGGAAGCGGAAGCAUGCUUACUACAACUGACCUGGGUGAUUUCGUUCAUAAAUCAGAUGAGAACUUAAUCAAAACGAGGGUUACUCAUUGUUCAUUAUGUGGGCAUCCAGGAAGCAAGAGAUCUCAUUUCAAAGGUUCUUGUGAACGUUGCACUUCAAUUACGAAUGAAGGUUGCAUACAAAAACCGAUUGGAUUUAGAUGUGAAUGCUCAUCAUGUGAUCAGGAUAAGAAAGAAAAAGAACAAAAGAAGAAAGAAGUUUGGAAUAUGAAAGUCUGCAAUAAAAUUGUCUCAGAGCCAAACUUUCCAAACAAUGCAAUCAUUCAGAUGUAUAUGAGCGACAACCACACGAAUUUCGUAGAUGCCGAACCAUUUAUAUCGUGGAAAAGUCCAAACACGGAAAUGCUGGUCGAUUAUGUAGAGUUUAAGUUAAAGUGGGAACCUUCCUUUAUUAGGCAAAAACUUUUCCCGCUGUUGUCCACCAUUUUCUUAAGAAGUAUAGCCAGGAAUCAAGAAGUUUCUUUGUUGUAUGGGCAAUACGAGUUUGACUUUAUUCAAAGAACUAAGAUAAGAUUUGGUCACACAUUUUAUGUGGUUACAUGGAAAAAGUCAACACAUACUAGCAACAAUAAUAUCUACAAAACGCCUUCUAAAGAGCCUGGAGUUCAAGAAGAUCACGACGAAUUGGUUAUUAUCUCUGAUGAUGAAUCUGAUAUCACAAAUGUUCGUGUUGAUAAUGGGUGUUUGAUGACCGACGAAAAUAUGGAUCUUGUCAUGGCUGCUUACCCAGAAAAGGUUGAUCAAUUUGUGCGACUAAAGGAGUCUAAAGAAAUGAAAUCAAGGAAAAAGGCUAGAGCAAACUCUGCAUCAAUUUCAGAUGAUCAAUUGUCGCCAACACCAAGAAGUGUUCAACUCAAUAUUACACAGUUUUAUCGUUCAUCUAAAGGGGAGCCUACUGAAUGCUUAAAAGACGACUCUUCUUCUACACCAAAAAGGAUCGCAUGUAACAGGAAGUUUUCAAAGUCUGCCAGGCGUCGCCUACUACUCGGAUAGUACGCAAUUUAGGUUGCUUUAGGACUAGCGAAUGUAGCUGCAAUCGACUGUAAAUAGUUGGUUUUUUUAAUUUUGUGUAUCUUCUGGUAAUUAAGUUCUAUGUUUUCAUUUACAAUGCUGUAUCUUAUUACUCAUAAAUUAAAAGGGAAGUUUCACUCUUGUACA